GUGCAACACACUGUUUGAACAUAGUUUUUGACGUGUUAAACUUUUCCGAAUUUCUUAAAAAUUUGCAGGAUGUCUUAAAUAACUAUAACGUACAUGACCAUGAGAAAAAAUUUGACUAAAAAAUUAUUUCAGAUCCUAAAACAGAUAGGAGUGCAUCAAUAUAUCUAUUUUAAGGGGGUACAUUGUAAAAUUUUCAAUUAUUAUUUUAGUUGAUUGUCAUUAAUAAAAUUUUAUGAUUUAUUUAAUAAUAAUAUAUAAAAAUUAAAAUUAGAAAAAAAAUAUAAAAUAAAAUAAAUAUUGUAUUGUGUAAUUAAAUUGAUUAAAAACACAAAUAAAAUUAUUAAAAUAUUUUGAAGAAAAGAAAAUGAGUCGUGAUAUAUAAUAUAAUUGCACAACAUGAGUGCCACGUGCUAAGCUUUCUGUCCCAACCAGCGAUGGGGCAUCAACUGAUCAAGACCAUCGAAUUGCUCAAAGGGUGGGCCAUCCUUAGUUUAUUAUCACAAAUAUCUAAUUGUAAUUUAGUUAGAAAAAAAAUAAUAAAAAAAUAUGUAAUUGUUAUUUAUGUAUAUGAUGAGGUUGGUGGAAGGCACUAAUCUAACCUUUAAAAAAUAGAAAAUAAAAACAAUUGUGUUGGGCAAUCUUAAUAGUUUCCUCACUUUUUUAGUGUCAAUCUUUAAUUUUUUUUUAAAGCUUUAUUAAGAUGUCAUUAACACGGACAUAUAUAGCAGUGGAUCUUUAGAGAGAGAGAGAAAGAGAGAGCUACUAGAGCUCAAGAAAAGUAGACCCCUGUCUUUAUUAGACCCUUCAUUUUUAAAAAAUAAAAAUAAAAAUACAAUAAUUAAUAAAUAAAACAAGUAUUUCACUGUCAUUAAAUUGAAUAUAAUACCAUAGAGACCCUCUUAUAAAUUUCAUAUCACUAAAUCUAAUAUUUCCUCAUAAAAAGUCUUACUAUACUACUACUACUACUACACUCUCUACUCAGACUAAAACUCUACUUCUACUCUGUUUUGCUAUUUCUUUAUUUUUAUAUAUAUAUUGUUAAAAAGGAAAUAUCUGAGCUUUGGAGAGCAAAAAUGGUGGCCAAGAAACCCAGAAUCGUGAUUAUUGGAGCAGGAAUGGCGGGUCUCACGGCGGCAAACAAGCUCUAUACCACGGUUGGGUUCAAGGACUCGUUCGAGCUCACCCUCGUGGAAGGUGGUUCGAGAAUCGGUGGCCGGAUAAACACGUCGGAAUUCGGCGGCGACCAGAUUGAGAUGGGGGCCACGUGGAUCCACGGCAUUGGGGGAAGCCCAGUACACAAAAUAGCUCAGGAAAUUGGAGCACUCGAGUCGGAGAAGCCAUGGGAGUGCAUGGACGGCUCUUCGGAGGAUCCGACCCGGUUCACGACCGUAGCCGAAGGCGGGUUAGAGCUGGACGGAACGGCGGUGGUCGAACCGGUUUCGGGUCUGUUUAAGAAGCUGAUGGAUUACGCUCAGGGGAAGCUGGUAGAAGAAGGUGGUGAUAGUGCGAAUGAGUCUUUGAACUACAGCCAAAUAGCGGAAAAAGCUUUGAAGACAUGUAUAGAAGUGAAUGGUGGUAUUGGCAGGGUCAGUGUUGGUUCUUAUCUGAGACAAGGCCUCAAAUUAUAUUGGGCUUUGAAGGGACAAGAAGAUGGAGAGGUAAAAGGGUAUGAGAAUUGGACCAGAAAGUUGCUUGAAGAUGGUGUUUUCAGGGUGUUUGAGAAUAUCCAGAGGACUUACACGUCGGCGGAUGAUCUUUUGACUCUUGAUUUCGCUGCGGAGAGCGAGUACCGUAUGUGUUGGGGAGAAGAAAUCACCAUAGCUAAAGGGUACUUAAGCAUAAUUGAGUCUCUAGCUUCUGUUCUUCCACCUGGUUUGGUUCAACUUGGCCGAAAGGUGAGACAAAUCGAGUGGCUGCCGGUGACUACUGCUAGAGAAAAAUCAGAUAUGUCAAAUGGUUAUGGCAAUACUAGCUCUACGCCUGUGAAGCUUCACUUUUGUGAUGGGACAACUAUGGUGGCUGACCAUGUUAUUGUUACAGUUUCAUUGGGUGUGCUCAAAGCUGGAGUUCAGGAUGAUGGUUCAGGUAUGUUUAAUCCUCCUUUGCCUUGUUUCAAGACUGAGGCAAUAUCAAGGCUUGGUUUUGGGGUUGUUAACAAGCUUUUCCUCCAACUGAGCCAAAAUUAUGAUCGAAAAUGCCAAGAUUUCCAAAGUUUUCCAUUUCUCCAAAUGGUUUUCCAUCGUGGGGACUCUGAACUUAGGCAAGAAAAGGUGCCAUGGUGGAUGAGGAAGACUGCUUCUAUGUUUCCAAUCUAUGAAAAUUCAAAUGUCCUGCUUUCCUGGUUUGCUGGAAAAGAGGCUCUUGAGCUUGAAUCCUUAAAAGAAGAGCAAAUCAUAAGUGGAGUGCAAGGACAUAUGUACAACUCGACGAUGGUACAGAGUUGUUAGAUGCUGUGAUGUUCGGUGAUGUUGCAGAAAACAUAUUCUCAUGUACUGCAGUUCAAUUAAGAUCAUAUUCGGACGAGAAACAUAAGUUGUUUGUCCAAAAACUACAAGACAAUUAUCAGCCAAAAAAUGGAGAAUUCAGUUGUACGUAGAUGCAAACCGAACAAUGAGUUCAAAGUAUCUAAUCGCCUCACCAUUCAAGCAAUGGAAAGCGGUUGAAACCGUGGAAGAUUAAGCCAGUUUUACUCUCGCCAAACGUUCAACAUUUACGCGCUCUACAUCGUAGCCUCACUACCUAGUAUAUAUUAUAUGUGUAUUAUGUGCAUAUAUAAUACUAAUAUGUUAUAAAUAGCUUCAACUUUGUCCUAAUUUGAUAUGAUGUGGUGCACUACCAAUAUCUUUACAUAUAAUGUAGUUAUAUAUUAAGAUU